UUAUCUCUCUUCAUCCUCCCUCUCCUUCCUAAACCCUAAUCUCUCUCCUCCCCCAAACCUCUCAAUGACCACCGCCGCAUCCUCGCCAGACCAACUCCUUCCACCUCAACAGACUUCGAGAGUAAGCCCCAAGACGGUGCACGAAGCCGUCACCUCCCUCCUCAAAUGGAAAACCGAAAAAUCAAAGCUCGCGAAGCCACAGCUCCUCGAGCAAGACGAGUUCGUCUACCUCAUCGUCACCUUGAAGAAGAUCCCACAGACCAACCGCACGAAGCCUCACCGUAUCCUCCUACCUCACCCUCUCAUCAACACGGAGGAAGACUCCCCCGAGCUUUGCCUCAUCAUCGACGACAGACCUAAAAGCGGAUUAACGAAGGAGGACGCGGCGAAGAAGAUCAAGUCCGAUGACAUUCCGAUCACUAAGAUCCUCAAGCUCUCGAAGCUCAAGACUGAUUACAAGGCCUUCGAGGCGAAGAGGAAGCUCUGCGACUCUUACGAGAUGUUCUUUGCUGACAGGAGAGUGAUUCCUCUGCUCCCGAGGUUGAUCGGGAAGAAGUUCUUCACGAGCAAGAAGAUUCCCGCGGCGGUGGAUUUGAAGCAUAGGAACUGGAAGGAGCAGAUUGAGAAGGCUUGUGGCUCUGCUAUGUUUUUCGUUAGGACGGGGACGUGUAGUGUUGUCAAGGUUGGGAAGUUGUCGAUGGAGGGGGAUGAGAUUGUUGAGAAUGUGAUGGCGACGUUGAACGGUGUCGUUGAGGUGUUGCCUGGUCAGUGGAAGUAUGUUAGGUCUUUGCAUUUGAAGCUGUCUGAGAGCUUGGCGUUGCCUGUUUAUCAGAGUGUUCCUGAUUUGAAGCUAAAGAUCGAUGCUUUUGGAAGUGAGAAGAGUGUUGUUGUUGAGGAAGAGAAUAAGAAGAAGAAGAAGAAAGGUGAAAGUGUUGUUGAUGGUGGAGAGAAGAGUGAUGGUGUGAAGGGGAAGAAGAAGAAGGGUAGGAUUCAUGAGGUUAGGUAUAUGGAUAGUAAUGUAUCUGAGGUGCUUGAUGAAGAUGAGAUUGGUGAUGUUGAGGUUAGUAUUGAGUCUGGUGGUGAUAAGGAGAAGAAGAUGAAGAAGAGGAAGAAGGAGGUAAGUGAGACUGCAGAGGCUGAGAAACCAAAGAAGAAAGUGGUCAAGGGGAAGCUGAAGGAGAAGAGUAAGGAUGAGAUAAAGCCGAAGAAGAAGACAAAGAUUACUAAAGAAGAGUCUGGUGGUGGUUUGAAACCCAAGAGUAAGAAGAGUGUGCUCCGAAAGUAAGGCGAUAGAAGAUCAGAGGGUUAAAUCUUUCUUUUGCUUCUUACAUGAUUUAUGUUUUUAUCUUAGUGCUGAUUACAUUUUGUUGUCUUUCAUAUCGUGUACUGCUGCUUCUCUUGAACAUCUAGCCGGUGUGUAUGUGAACCUUUACUUUUUUUUUUAUACACGAGUGUUUUGUCUUGA